UUCAUUUCAUUUUUUUAGCUAUUUAUUCACUAACAAAGAGCCUCCACCACCUCUCUCUCUCUCUCUUUCUCUCUCUGUUUUGAAAAAAUGCUUUAUCUGAUGAACUGAGAUUGGUGGCUUUUUGCAAACACAAGGGUGGGCGCACACACUCUGUGAUCUUUGAUAUGAAAACCUCAAAAUCUGAUCUUGGAGUGGAAACAUCCACAGAGAAUGAUUGUGAAGCUAUCAACAUGUCAAUUCAAGACAGCAGCAGCCUAAUCGAGCCCAGCUCCGGCUCAAUCUCCCUCGACCUAUCACUAACCUUCAAGUCGAGCCAGGACGCAGGCACGGACUCUGUGGGAUUCUCCUCAUCAAGCACAAGUGGGAGCACGAACGAGCCCCCUCAAACCCGGACCACAGCGCCUUCACCAAGAGCAUUCCCGUGCAACUUCUGCCAGAGAAAAUUCUACAGCUCGCAGGCACUGGGAGGCCACCAAAACGCGCACAAACGCGAGAGAACACUAGCAAAACGCGCUGUCAGAAUGGGCGUCUUCUCAGACAGAUAUGCCGGCCUGGCUUCCCUCCCUCUACAUGGAUCUCCAUUCAAGUGCCUAGGAAUCAAGUCACACGCCUCCGUGCACCACCAAUUCCUGCCUCUAGCUAGGCCACCAGAACAUUCUCGGAUCACCCCAAGAUUCGGAGAUGCUUACCUCUUCCAGCCUAUCUACAUGGAGCAGGAGGAGGAGGAAGGCGAUCACCUCGUGUGGCCGGGUAGUUUUUGCGCUGACAUGUCCUCGCCUACGAAUUUUGUACAUGAUGCAACUUCACAUGUCACUUAUCUAGAUAAAACAGCAGCAUUUGCCUCAGAAUCGACGCCAGACCUCACGCUCCGGCUAUGACAGCUCGGUGUUGAGUCAAUCAAACUGUAGUGUAGUGUGUGCAUCUUUCAGCUUCAAUGUGUGAGUGACUCUGUUUUUUUUUUCUAGAUAUGUUAGCAAGAUUGGCUGAACCUUCUAAUUUUCAUGAAACUUGAUCUGUAUAAAUGAGAUUUGACCA